AUGACAGACCUAACACCAAUCCUCAACACCCUCCUCUCCCAACACAACAAACCCCCCAUGCCCAUCCCCCCGACAAAACAAAACUACACCACCCUCACCGACGAAUUCCUCAAAGAAGCCUACCGCAUCACCAAACAUACAAAAGACCUAAACACCUACCUCCGAAAAAUCCGGCCCCAAUACCUCUCUCUCACGUCGCAUCCACGCCAUAAACGUGCCUCCGCCCCUGGAGGAAAAGAAGGCACAGGUACACUAAGCGAUGCGGACCGCGACCAGAUCGAUUCCUCGACUAGUCUCGUUCUCCACGAUCUAAGUAACUCUAUCGCGACGCUUUCCAGCGCCGAGGAUUUGAGACAUCAGGCUGCGGAGAGUGUGUUGAGGAGGAAGUAUGGGAGGAGUGGGGCUGGGAGGGUUCUUGCACGGUGGGCUGCCGGGGGUGGGGAGGAGACUGGGAAGGGGGCGGAGCAGGUUGUGGAAGAGGAAGGGGAGAGGGUGGUGAGGGUGGUGAGGGAGAGUGUGGUGUGGUUUUUGCGGCGGGAGUUGGAGGAGGUGGUCCUCUUGCAGCGGGGGAUGGUGGAGAAAAGGAUUGAAAGGGUUGUGGAGAGGGAACGGAGUGUGCUUUUUAAGAGCGGGGAUGGUGGGUUGGGAGCUGUGGAUGGGGGUUCCGGUGUGGGUUCUAUGGCGGGCGUGGAGGUUAGGGGGGUGGGUAUGGAGGAGAGUGAGGUGCGGGCUAUCGAGGCGGAGUUGUCGGUGGAGCAGUUGCAGCUUUUUGAGAGCGAGAAUGAGGCGAUGGUGAGGUACUAUGAGGAUACGUUGAGUCAGGUGCAGAAUGCGGAGAAGUCGCUUUUGGAGAUUUCGUCGCUGCAGCAGACGCUUGUGUCGCACCUUUCGACGCAGGAGGAGUAUAUUGGGCAGUUGGUUACGGAUGCUGCAUCGACGGAGACGAAUAUUGGGCGGGGGAAUAAGGAGUUGAAGAGGGCGGGUGAACGGCGAAGUGCGGCGCAGGCGGUGUUCUGGGGCACCGUUGGGCUGUGUACGUCGUUGAUUGUUUGGGAUUUGAUCUUUUAG